GACUUGAUUCCCAAAGGGUAGCUGCUAUUGUUCAAGUCAGCACUUCUUGAGUUCCCAAUCCAAGUUGUAUGAAGGCUGUCAAAAAUACCAAGUAAUUAUUCUGGCCAAGUGAGCAUGCUGAACUGUAAACUGUGAAAAAACGUACUGACAAUAGCCGUGACUGAUGAUGCAUAAGUCUACAAACUGACUGGAUUCUGUUUAUUGUGUGGUUUUAUUAUUCUUGAUACAGGAUUUCCUGAGAGCUGUAUAAGGAUCUGUUUGCAGUAGUGACUGUUAGUGACAACUGGGAUUUUAUUGUAUGCUAAGGAGUUAAGCCUUGAGGAUUUUGGUGUGCGGAUCGAUGCUAGUGGUCGUCCAAGGUUAGUGUGGACCUAAUUCCUGUGAAGGGUUUACAGUAGCCUCUGGUCAGCUAACAACAUUGUUUGGAGACCGUUCAGAGGAAAAUGUCGAAAGAGAAUUCUAGCGCGGAUGUGGAGGAGAUAUUAGCACCAUAUAGGCAGUCAGCACAAUUGGACAAGAAAGAUGGGCUUCUCAGUCAGGAACAAGAGGACCUGGUUGACCGAGUGGCCUACCUAGAGAAGAAGGUCACGCAACAGGGAGAUGAGAUUGUCUGUUUGAAGAGUGCCCUCGCUGAUGUCAUACGUAGAAUCAGUCAGUUGGAGUCUGCUCCCCCAAACCACGUUCUGCCAUCAAAGCCUACAUUCAGAUCACCUCGAAAAUCUGCAUCACAUGAGAGGAAGUCGCACCUGAAUCCCCUGGAGAAUGUGAACCUUAUCUCACAUCGAAGCACAACCCCACCACAAUCACGAUCCUACCACUCAUCCAGGAAUUCAACCCCACUUAAGAAAUGGUCCUCACUGUCAAACUCAGCAGAUCUUUCCAAUUCACAAAUAACUCCAAACAAGAGACUCAACCUUCAAGCAAAUGGUGACAGACGUAGCAUUUCCCACAGUAAUCUGAAUCCGCGCCCGGUGAUGAAGGGUUCUCGGGAACCUGUUUGGAAUACAGCAUUUGAGGAUGGAUACCUGAAGAUCUACAUCCGCGGGCGGCCAAUCAUGCUGUACGCACCCUCUACCCUCACUGACUACAAUCUGUCGAAGAUAGGGGAAACUCCAUCUGAAACACUGCAGGUGGAAUGGGUCUAUGGUUAUCGAGGACGGGAUUGUCGUUCCAAUCUGUACAACUUACCGACAGGGGAGCUUGUCUACUUCAUUGCAGCAGUUGUGGUUCUCUACAAUGUUGAAGAAAAUAUGCAACGCCACUACCUCGGGCACAGCGAUGAUGUCAAGUGUAUCGCUAUUCACCCUGACAAGAUCCGUAUUGCGACUGGUCAAGUUGCUGGCCAUGACAAGAAAGAAGGAAAAAAAAAAAGAAAUAGUACCUCUGAAGUAACAGAUUAUGACGAGAAAUGGCCACACAUUCGUAUCUGGGACUCAGUGAGCCUCAACACGCUUAAUGUGAUCGGACUGGGGGACUUUGACAGGGCUGUGUGUUGUGUCUCUUUCUCCAAGCUGGAUGGAGGGCUCCACCUGGUGGCAGUGGAUGAUGCAAAUGAGCAUGUGAUCUCAGUGUGGGAUCUCAGUAGAGACAAACCUCACAAGAUCACAGAAACAAAGAGUUCUACAGAACCCGUCCUGGCAGUUGAGUACCACCCACAGGAGAAAAACAGCAUUGUGUCUUGUGGCAAGAGUCAGAUCACCUUCUGGACUGUGGAGGGUGGAUCUCUUGCCAAGAAACAGGGAAUCUUUGAUAAACAUGACAAGCCAAAGUACGUAUUGUGCUUGGCCUUUGCUGAUAAUGGGGACGUGAUCUCAGGAGACUCAAAUGGCAAUAUCUUCAUUUGGGGCAAAGGAAGCAACCGGAUCAGUCAGGCCAUCAACGGUGCUCACGAAGGAGGAGUAUUCUCCGUGUGUGUCAUGAAGGAUGGGUCCAUUCUGUCUGGAGGGGGAAAAGAUAGGAAGGUCAUCCAGUGGGACAGCACUUACAAGAGGACAGGUCUAGAGACAGAGAUCCCAGAAGUGUUCGGCCCAGUGAGGACGCUGGGUCAGGGAAAAGGGAACUUGAUUCUUGUGGGCACCACACGCAACUCCGUGCUUCAGGGCACCCUUGACCUCAAGCUGAACCCUAUCGUGCAGGGCCAUAUGGAUGAGCUGUGGGGGCUUGCCACUCACCCCACUCAGCACCAGUUCCUCUCCUGUGGUUCUGACAAGCACAUCUACCUGUGGGACAGCAUGUCACACUCUGUCAUCUGGAGCAAGGAGAUCACGGUGAGUCACAAGCACAUCUACCUGUGGAACAGCAUGUCACACUCCGUCAUCUGGAGCAAGGAGAUCACGGACCCCGCCCACAGUUGCUGCUUCCAUCCCAACGGGUGUGUGGCAGCAAUCGGCACCCAUGCUGCCAGGUGGCUAAUCGUCGACCUCGCCACAAGAGAGAUUGUUAGUGUCCACAGUGACGGCAGUGAGCAGAUUGAGACCAUCAAGUACUCCCCAGAUGGUAGUUACAUCGCCAUUGGGUCCCGAGAUAACUACAUCUACGUGUACCAGGUCAGCGAUGGAGGAAGGAAAUACUCGAAAGUUGGAAGGUGCUCGGGCCACUCCAGCUUUAUAACUCAUGUUGAUUGGUCGGAAGACAGCCAGUAUCUAGUCAGCAACUCAGGGGAUUAUGAAGUCUUAUACUGGACAGUGAGUUCUUGCAAGCAGGUGACCACACCAGCCUCAUUGCGUGACAUCCAAUGGGCAAGCCAGGACUGCACUCUCGGCUUCAAUGUUGCGGGAAUUUGGCCUGAUGGUGCUGAUGGUACAGACAUCAAUAACUGCACCCGUUCACACAAACAACACCUUGUAGCCACUGGAGAUGACUUUGGGAAGGUCAAUCUGUUCAAGUAUCCAUCUUGUCAGCCCAAGUCCAGCAGCCAUGUCUGCAAGGGGCACAGUAGUCAUGUGACUGAUGUCGGCUUCCUGUUUGACGACUCUCGGCUCAUCUCAACUGGAGGUCGUGACAUGAGCAUCAUCCAGUGGGAAGUUAUUGGGUAGAUGCAAAAACAUGUUCCAAAGCCAACCCGAAGGUGAUAGUACGUACUACCAUUUGAAGAGAUACUGUACUUCAGUGAAAGAUGAAACUAUGAAUCACCGUUUUUGGAUAAUUUGGAUGAAGUUACUGGACGGUUUGCUGCCCUCAGACAUCACAUUGUGGAACUGACGUAUAUACUGUAACGCAAGCACGACAAGCACCUGUCAACACAUGCCAGGCAUUUUUGUGUUUAGUUUGUUUCUCUGAUGCAUGGGUUCGCCCAAUGAACAGGUUUAUGUGUACCGCAGAUUGCUGAGUUCAUCAUAUCACUACAACCUUACACAGAUGAAAGUUCCUAAUGCGCUGUAGCAACUAUUGUCUUGUAACAACUGAAACGACUAUUCAGUGUGACACUGACGUGGCUUUUCACGGCUGAAAUGCAGGUUGUCACAUGUCGAUGAUGAACAAACAUGGACAGAAUAUAUUUUCUGCUAUGAUCAUUAUGAGUGCUAUUAAGCAUUUUUUUUAUAAUUAAUAGUAAUAUUUAUAAAUGGUUAAUGGUGACAAAGUAUUUCAAUAUGAUUUUUAUCCACUUUUAUAUUACCAAUAUCCACAAUGCGUUUAGUCUUGCAGCAGAUGUGUGUUAUCUGUAAAAUACUAUUUAAACUGUGUAUGUUCAUAAUCUAUAGUGUAACUAUAAAUAAGCUUGUAUUUGAGUCACAUUUCAGAAAUACUUUCAAAUGGAAAACAAUUGGUAAUAACCACAUACUGUAUUGACCUUUAUUGAAAUAGUGGAUAAUUCAUGUUUCCUGUAUUAUUUAGAUGUGAAACGGUAUGCUCUUACCAUGUACGUAUUGUCGUACAAGGCGCCUUCGGUUUGGUCUGUUUCGAUUCAGUAUAUAAGAUAUGAUCAUAAUGCAGAAAAUUGAGAACAAGAGCCAAACCUUACAUUGUUUAAUAACAUGAA